GCGGACGCAUCCUUCUAUAGUCUUACGUUACACUUUACGUCGCAUAGAGGUGUCGAUAGCGACACGCUCACGGUUUAACCCUACAGGACUCUAAAAUCGUAGUGAUCGUUGUUGUGUGCUGCUGCGGUUUUUCACGAAUAGACAGACACACACACCUUCUGCGCUUCGUGCGAGAGUUUCGAAAAACGGAAAUCCCCCUGACUACGCUAAGCUUUCGCCACGCUCUCUCCACCGGCGUCGUCGCCGUCGCCGACGAGUCACGAGAUCCUCCACCAAGUGCAGUGAUACCGGAUUCCUAUUUAUAUUUUCUCUCACAAAUAAUACGUAAUUUUUAUUUAUUGUAUAUUUUUUUUUGUAACUGUGCUUCGCCCUCAAACACGAUGUCCGGCGAGAAGUGAUAAUAUAUACCUGGUGCUUCGCGUAUCUUCUUCAGUUGCUUCGAUCCGGAGGUAGAAAAAGGGUGCAUAAAAUAGAAGAAAAAAAAAGGGACACAACACUGUAGUAAACUGCACCACGCACUUCAAGAAGAGAUUAUGUUCUGAGUCCGAAAGCGGUGGUAAUCAGUUGCGUUCGUUUGGUUCACCUAGAGCAGUGCGCGGAGGAUCGUUGCGAUUCCCCCGCGUUCCAACAAGAGAACCCAAAUGCGUUUCGAAACGGCGCUGGAUAAUAGCUUAGACCCGAAAGCCAAGAACACGAUGGCCUACCAUCCGUUCCUCCAGCUGCCCCGGCAGACGGACUUCAGUGUGAGCAGCCUUCUGACCGCGGCCAACAGCAGCACGUCUCCUGCGAGCACCUCGCCCGGCGGUGGAGGCGGCGGCGGAGGGUCGAGUGCGGCGUCCGCCGCUGCCGCCGCCGCCGGUUACUUCCCGGCGGCGGCGCUCGCCGCCUUCGGAAGUCAGAAUCCUCAUUCCUGCUACCCCGGCACGCUCAUCCCGAAGCUCGGCCACCCGCCGCAUCCGCACAGCCUCAGCGGACACCCUUACACCACCGCAGAAGACGUCGUCCUCGCCGCCGUCGCCGCGCACAACCAUCAUCCUGCCAUGGUCAGGCCUCUGCGCGCCAUACAACCCGAGGAGGACGGCGUCGUCGACGACCCCAAAGUCACGCUCGAAGGAAAGGAUCUGUGGGAGAAGUUCCACAAGCUCGGCACCGAAAUGGUCAUUACAAAAAGCGGAAGGCAAAUGUUCCCGCAGAUGAAGUUCCGCGUGAGCGGUCUGGAUUUGAAGGCGAAGUACAUCCUUCUGCUGGAUAUCGUCGCCGCCGACGACUACCGCUAUAAAUUCCACAACAGUCGGUGGAUGGUGGCGGGAAAAGCGGAUCCGGAAAUGCCGAAGAGGAUGUACAUACAUCCGGACAGUCCUUCGACGGGGGAACAGUGGAUGCAGAAGGUCGUCUCCUUUCAUAAGCUCAAGCUCACGAACAACAUCAGCGACAAGCACGGCUUUCAUAAUUCUAAGAUGGAAAUGGAAACUCAGACGAUACUGAACUCCAUGCACAAAUACCAGCCGAGGUUUCACCUGGUGAGGGCGAACGACAUCCUGAAGCUGCCGUACUCCACGUUCAGGACGUACGUCUUCAAAGAGACGGAAUUCAUCGCCGUGACGGCCUACCAAAACGAAAAGAUCACGCAGCUGAAAAUCGACAAUAAUCCUUUCGCGAAGGGCUUCAGGGACACGGGCGCUGGUAAACGGGAAAAAAAUUACAGGCAAGCUUUGUUAGCGUCCCGGCAUCCGGAAGAGAAGACGUCGCAUCCGUUGCCGGCGCGAAUGUCUGCAGACAGCAGCACGGUGUCAAAGACGGACGACAGCGAGUUGGACGUGGUCGGAACGGCGGACAGCCCGAGGCCGAGUCUGCAUCCACCCACGCCCAUCACUUCCAUGAACCUCUCAGGACACGAUGACGAUUUGAGGCGUCGAUUGCACGACGACUCCGGAUCCGAAUCCAGCUGCUCGGAAUCACCUGGUAGCACGGCCUUCAGACCCAGAGCUUCGACGCCGACGAAGGAAGGACCCGGACCAUCGAAUCCAGCAGGCGAGUACCCAUCGCCGAAUAUAUCCGUGGGUCCGCCGAUCCAUCCACCUCCGCAUCUGUUGCCAUACCUGUAUCCACCUGGGAUGUACCCGGGAGCCGGAGGACCGCCGUUCGGGCCUCCUCUGUCCCUCUUCACCGGAUCACACGCGCCCGGUAUGAACCCGAGCCUCCUCUUCAACGCACAGCUAGCACUCGCUGCUCAACAUCCGGCCCUCUUCUCGCACUACUCGAAUCUGGCCCAUCCGAACCCGCACGGUCACCAUCUGUCGCCCACCUCGCCGCUCCACAACCACCUGAAGGGCGGCCACAGGUUCACCCCGUACACCCUGCCCAACAACACGGUGAGCUCUUCGCCGUUGGGCAGCGCCUUCGAGACGGUCACCCCAGGUUCGCAAACGAGGAGCCUCAGCAAUUCACCGUCGGGGAAGGUGCGCAGCGCUUCGGUUUCACCACCCAUCAGGCCGAGCACCGCCUCCCCCAAACCCGAAACCGCCUCCAGUCCCAGCGACCUCAAGAGCAUAGAAAAGAUGGUCAACGGCCUCGACGUUAAGCAGACGGAAGACGCGGACAAAUAGCACUCGACCACCCCCAAACCGUACUCUCGAGCUUAAGACAAACAUCAAUAACAACAACAACAACAUCAGGAAAUGGUGCUAAGCGGGAGACACUUUCAAUAUAAAUAAACAAAGAGACAAAUUAUAUAUAUAUAUAAAAAAAAAACACACACACAUUCGAUAUUGUUUCCAAAGGAUUUGAAUCAAUUAUAUUCUAAAGAAGAAACUUAAACCAUAAAGUGCUUUUCCUAUGAUAGCUUAUUGCUGACGAAGAAGGAGAAAAAUUUAUAUAUAUAUAUAUUAUAAAUAAUACAAGUACAAAAAGUGAAUUGUAUCAUAAUAUUUGUACCCGGAAUUAUGUUCGUUUCGAAACCGCUCGCAUUUCAAUUAACUAUAAUUUCCUCCCAACAAAAACAAACUGUUAAUUUGAUGGAACCUCUUUAAUUUAUACAUAAAAUUAAUUGUUUUCUUGGUGCUCACACGACUUGAUUUUCGUUUAGUUAUAUAAUUCAGACCAGUCUGCACCGCUUCCAUUUACCAAACGAAACAUUGCAAACUAACUAACAUAAAUAAAUGGAAGCGGUUCACACAGCGAAACUCCCAAAACGCAGGGAUUUACAUACAUUAUAUUAUAUAUAUAUAUUA